AUGGCCAUGGGACUGCAGGGCGAUUACUCGCUUGAUUUAGAUCCCCGUGAUCUUGUCAUCCAACGUGAGAUUGGCCGCUCGGAAGCUUCGACGGUAUUCGAAGUGCGAAUAUGCGGGAAGAUACGCGUGAUGAAGCUGUUCCAUGAUAAUGGUGAUCCAGGGUAUAGCAGAAGAGGUCGAGACCUGAAUCGUUUCCGCUGCGAGCUCAAUGCGUAUCGUAACCUCCUUGAAUUCGGCGUGUGUGAGCGUGGCUUUGUUCCGUUCUUUUACGGCUAUAUCGAUCGACUUGAUCCAUCUCCUUAUCAUCAUCAGCUGAACCAUUUUAAAAAGGAUAAGUUCCUUCCGAGAGCAAUUGUACUUGAGUACAUCCCGGAAGUAGAACGGCUCAAUUGCCUGAAUUAUUCCGACGAUCUGUUUCGUUACGCGGUUGAUGGAAUCAGAGAGAUCCACGAUGCACAUGUCCAUCACCAUGAUAUCUAUCCCAAGAACAUGCUCGUUGUAUCCGGUACCAGAAUUGUGUGGAUUGAUUUUGAUGUUGCGACAACAUUUCAGGAUAUGGGUACUUGUGAGCAAAAAUAUUGCGAGUAUGAAGUUGAGCUCGUCAAGAGUUUUGGAAAGCUGUUGAAAGACGAUCAGUUACAGGGCCUACCCCCAAACACGAAGUAUUAUUGA